AUGGUCCAAGUCGGCGACUCCCUGCCUGAGGGCACCAAGUUCUCCUACGUCCCCUACGACCCUUCCUCAGACUCGAUCACCUCGUGCGGGAUCCCCGUCAACUACGAUGCGUCCAAGGAGUGGGCGGACAAGAAGGUGGUUGUCUUCGCGGUGCCGGGCGCUUUCACGCCGGGGUGCUCCGCGCGACACCUGCCGGGGUUCAUCCAGAAGAAGGACGAGCUCAAGGCCAAGGGGGUCGACGUCGUGGCGUGCGUGGCCUACAACGACGCCUUCGUCAUGAAUGCGUGGAGCAAGGCCAACGGCGUCAAGAACGACGACAUCCUCUUCCUCAGCGACGUCGAGCUCGCCUUCAGCAAGAAGCUCGGCUGGACCCUCGGCGAGCGCACCGCGCGCUACGCACUGGUCAUCGACCACGGCAAGAUCACAUACGCCGAGAAGGAGGAGUCGCCCAAGGAGGUGAGCGUCAGCGGUGCUGAUGCUGUGCUCGCGAAGUUGUAG